GCAUUUGUUUUGUACCCUCCAGUGGAUCCUGACAAGCUAGCAAAAGCUUACAACGUUACCACGGACUGUCUGCAAGCACUCAAUCAGACGGUGGAAGCAUGCGACCAAACUCUUUUCCAAAUGGUUGGUUCAGUGGACAAUUACUACUGGCAAGACGAUAAUAUCACGACGCUUUGCAGCGCUAAUUGCACAUGGGAGGCAACGUUGUGGGAUCUCAACGUUGGUGCCACAUGCGAUGGUCAAUAUUUCUCAUCGUAUGGAAAACUCAUACCCCCACAAACGAUUUCCGGGAGGUUCGUUGACGGAAUGAGAUAUGCAUGCUUGGGCUCAACGGUGUCUGACGCCUGGUGUCUUACCGAAUCGCAAAACUGGACAGGGUCAGAUAUUUAUCGCCCUAGUUGUGGCACCAAUUCCUCAGUUACGGCAUGCUCAGGAAACAGUUCCAGCCUUAAUCUAGAGGACCAAAGGAUGGCAGACCUUUAUGACGAUGAUACCCUUUGUGAUUACUGCUUCAUUCAAAUGUUAUAUACUCGAGUAACGUCUCAAUAUCUACCAGACAGCGAUUAUUCGGACUAUCUUGUAGAUCAAUUACAAGAUAUCGCGGACGUGUGCAAUGCAACCAUACCAGAUAUUACAGUCCGCGAAUUGCCAACAUAUCCUCCCGCACCGCCAGUCAGUUCGGUAUACCUUGGUAACGGAACAGGUCCAACGACUACCCUUGCAGCCUCAUCAGCAAAUCAAACCUGUAUGGGCCAGCUGGUAGGAGGGUUUCAAAAGAGAUCACACAAGGCCAACCCACACAUUCGUGGGGAAUCCCUUAGGAUGCGCCAGACGUCUUCUAGUUGCGACGGACUGUCAACAACAUACGGUAUUACAACCGGGGAUCUUCAAGCAAUUACUGGGAGCGACACAUGUGUUAUUUCAGCUUCCACCUGUUUUCCGUCCUCUUGCACCUUGAAACAGGUGCCAGAGGGAACUACAUGCGACGCCCUCGCCCAAAGUGUUCCGGGAAACGUCUCUACAGUUCAAUUCCUAAAAUGGAAUCCGAACAUACUUGGACUCUGCGACAGUCCUACGCCCGGUCAGCUCGUUUGUAUAGGUGCUCCCGGAGGUACCUACAGCCUUCCUCCGCCGCUACUCGGCACCGGCGCCGAUGCUGGAAACCAACAAAGAGGCGGCCCAGGGGGCGUCGUCACGCCGACAAGCGCAUCGAACAGCACCUCGACUACAAAAAUCAGCGGAGCAGUCUCUGCACCUACGGCGACACAGUCCGGAAUAGCAUCAAACUGUAACGACUGGGCACAAGCCCAAGCCGGGGAUGAUUGCUAUGACUUUGCAACAGCGCACGGCAUCACUCCCGAUGAGCUAUACGAAUGGAAUGCCAUACUUGGUGCAAACGGCGCAAAUUGCAGUCUGCAAUUUCAAGCUGGAGAAUAUUAUUGUAUAGGAGUAUCAAGUUCUGCUGCGACGACAAAAACUCAACCAGCACCAGCGACAACAACAGGCGGAGAGGCGACGACUACAGACUCUGACCCAAAUGAAUCAGCGACAACGCCCGCUGGUUCGGUUCAAACCGGGAUUGCUCCAGACUGUGAUAAGUACGCUGAGGCGCAAACGGGAGACACGUGCGGUAGUUUUGCUGCUGCAAAUAGCAUUUCCACUGGAGAUUUGUUUGCAUGGAACAGCGUUUUGGGAUCCAAUGGGGAGAAUUGCGCGUCAGAAUUUUGGGCGAAUGAGUAUUACUGUGUGGGAGUGGCCAGUGGAGCGGCCACUACAUCGAAUAAUAUACCGUCUAAUGUUCCCGCCGCCACAUCUACGACGUCCGUGACGGCCCCUGGUCCGACUCAAUCCGGAAUUGCAAGCAAUUGCAACAAAUUUGCGGAAGCACAAAGUGGCGACACAUGUGACGAGUUUGCAACAAAUAAUGGUAUAUCGACCGACCAACUCUACGCAUGGAAUGCAAUUUUGGGAAGCGACGGCAGCAACUGCAGCUCAGAUUUCUGGGCAGACGAAUGGUAUUGCGUAGGCGUUAACAGCUAAAUGCAGGCUUUCAUUAUAAAGUGUUUUGCUUCAAGGGAUCUUUGCCUUUUCAAAUAUAUAUAUAUCCGAUUC